GGCGAGACGCGAGAGGCGGGAGGGAGGCGGUGGCGCGCCCAGCCCCGCCCGCCCGACCGACCUAGCGUCGGACGCGGCCCGGCGCCGAGCCAUGGAGCCUGAGCCAGUGGAAGAUUGUGUGCAGAGCACGCUUGCCGCCUUGUACCCACCAUUCGAAUCCACAGCCCCCACCCUGUUGGGUCAGGUGUUCCAGGUGGUAGAGAGGACUUAUCGGGAGGAUGCACUGAGGUACACACUGGACUUCCUGGUACCAGCCAAACACCUGCUUGCCAAGGUCCAGCAGGAAGCCUGUGCCCAGUAUAGCGGAUUCCUCUUCUUCCAUGAGGGCUGGCCCCUCUGCCUGCACGAGCAGGUGGUGGUGCAGCUAGCAGCUCUGCCCUGGCAGCUGCUGCGCCCAGGAGACUUCUACCUGCAAGUGGUGCCCUCUGCAGCCCAAGCACCCCGUCUGGCCCUCAAGUGUCUAGCCCCAGGGGGUGGGCGGGUGCAGGAGUUGCCUGUGCCCAAUGAGGCCUGUGCCUACCUAUUCACACCUGAGUGGCUGCAAGGCAUCAACAAGGACCGACCAACAGGUCGUCUCAGCACUUGCCUACUAUCUGCACCCUCUGGGAUUCAGAGACUGCCCUGGGCCGAGCUCAUCUGCCCACGAUUUGUACACAAAGGGGGCCUCAUGGUUGGACAUCGGCCAAGCACAAUACCCCCAGAACUGCCACCUGGACCCCCAGGGCUUCCUAGCCCUCCACUCCCUGAGGAGGUGCUAGGCACCCGGAGUCCUGGGGAUGGGCACAAUGCUCCUGCCGAAGGACCAGAGGGUGAGUAUGUGGAGCUAUUAGAAGUGACGUUGCCUGCGAGAGGAAGCCCCACAGAUGUUGAGGGCCUUUCUGGCCUGUCUAGAACCCGGACAGUACCCACCCGCAAGAGUGCUGGAGGGAAGGGCCGGCACCGGAGACACCGGGCAUGGAUGCACCAGAAAGGCCUGGGGACUCGGGACCAGGAUGGAGCACGCCCACCUGGUGAGGGAAGCAGCACCAGAGCCUCUCCUGGGUCCCCCCCUGGAGCUGAAGCUCUCCCAGAGGCAGCAGUCCUGGAGGUGUCUGAGCCUCCAACAGAAGCCUUGGGAGAAGCCUCUGAAUCUUGCCCCCUUCGGCCAGAGGAAUCUGGAGGAGGAGCAGGCCAGGGAACUGAAGGACCAGUUGGUACACCUCGGAGAACAGGCAAAGGAAACAGGAGAAAGAAGCGAGCUGCAGGCAGAGUGGCUCUUAGCCGAGGAGGGGAUAGUGCCCCACUCAGCCCUGGGGACAAGGAAGAGACCAUCCACCAGGAAGCCCUUGUCAAUCUGCUUUCACCAAAUGUACAAGAGCUUCCAGAAUCCAGUCUAGUUAAGGAAGAGAAUGAAGGCUCUGGAAAGCCAGAAUGUGAACCAAAAGAGGAGCUCACACCAGCAGGUGAAAAAGAGCCUUGGCUUUCAGAAGAUUGUGGGCCUAAAGAAGGAGGGCCCCAAGAGAGAGUGCAAGAGGGAUCAAACCUGGCAAGUAUGGCAGGAUCCACAGAGGGGCUCCUGUCUGACCCCCUAACACAACCCCUGGAGACAGUGCAGGAAGUAAAAGGGGAUAGCAUCCCAGAAGAGGCCCCUCCAGUCUCCAUCUCUGAUGACCCUGAUGUAGCUUGGGACUUGAUGGCAUCUGGAUUCCUCAUCCUGACUGGAGGGGUGGACCAGAGUGGGCGAGCUCUACUGACCAUUACCCCACCGUGCCCUCCUGAGGAGCCCCCACCCUCCAGAGACAUGCUGAGCACUACUCUUCAUUAUCUCCACUCACUGCUCAGGCCUGAUCUUCAGUUAUUGGGACUGUCGGUUCUGCUCGACCUUCGCAAGGCACCUCCACUGCCUCCAGCACUCAUUCCUGCCCUGAGUCAACUUCAGGACUCAGGAGACCCUCCCCUCAUUCAGCGGCUAUUGAUUAUCACCCAGGAUGACCCUCCGGCUGAAUUCCAUGGACUUCAGGGUGCUGAGUUGCUGUCUGAGAAUGAUCUGAAAAGAGUGGCCAAACCAGAGGAGCUACAGUGGGACUUAGGAGGUCACAGGGACCCCUCUCCCAGCCACUGGGUAGAAGUACAUCAGGAAGUGGCAAGGCUAUGCAGCCUGUGUCAAGGUGUGUUGAGCUCUGUAAGGAAGGCCAUUGAGGAACUGGAGGGAGCAGUGGAGCCAGAGGGAGAGGAGAUGGUGGGAAUGCCUGAACCCCUGCAGAAAGUGCUGGCAGAUCCCCGGCUGACUGCACUGCAGAGGGAUGGAGGAGCCAUCUUGAUGAGGCUACGCUCCACUCACAGCAGCAAGUUGGAGGGCUCAGGCCCAGCUACACUAUAUCAGGAGGUGGACGAGGCCAUUCAUCAGCUUGUGCGCCUCUCCAACCUGCACGUGCAGCAGCAGGAGCAGCGGCAACGCCUGCAACAACUCCAGCAGGUGUUGCAGUGGCUCUCAGGCCCAGGGGAGGAGCAGCUAGCCAGCUUCACUGUGCCCGGAGACUCCCUGUCUACCCUGCAGGAGAUAGAAUUGCGAUUCCGAGCCUUCAACACUGAGGUUCAGGAGCGCCUAUCCCAGGCACGGGAGGCUGUUACUCUGGAGGAGGACAUGGCCUCCCAAAAGGUUCUGGAUAUCUUUGAGCAACGGCUGGAGCAGGUUGAGAGUAAUCUCCAUCGGGCCUUGCGGCUACAGCGCUUCUUCCAGCAGGCCCAUGAGUGGGUGGAUGAGGGUUCUGCUCGGCUGGCAGGAGCUGGGCCAGGUCGGGAGGCCUUGCUGGCAGCCUUAGCCCUUCGACGGGCCCCGGAGCCCAGUGCUGGCACCUUCCAGGAGAUGCGGGCCCUGGCCUUGGACCUGGGCAGCCCAGCAGCCCUGAGAGAAUGGGGACGCUGCCGGGCCCGUUGCCAAGAGCUGGAGAGGAGGAUUCAGCAACAGCUGGGAGAGGAGGCCAGUCCUCGGGGCCAGCGACGACGACGGGCAGACAGUGCCAGCAGUGCUGGGGCCCAGCGAGGCUCCCACAGUCCCUCACCCAGCCUCAGCUCCCUGCUGCUCCCCAGCAGCCCUGGGCCACGGGCUGCCCCAUCCCAUUGCUCCCUGGCCCCAUGUGGAGAAGACUACGAGGAGGAAGGUCCCGAGCUGGCUCCAGAAGCAGAUGGCAGGCCCCCAAGGGCAGUGCUAAUCCGAGGCCUGGAGGUCACCAGUACCGAGGUGGUAGACAGGACGUGCUCACCACGGGAACAUGUGCUGCUGGGCCGGGCUGGGGGACCAGAUGGGCCGUGGGGAGUAGGCACCCCCCGGAUGGAGCGCAAGCGAAGCAUCAGUGCCCAGCAGCGUCUGGUGUCUGAACUGAUUGCCUGUGAACAGGAGUAUGUGACCACCCUAAGUGAACCGGUACCAUCCCCUGGACCUGAGCUGACCCCUGAACUUCGGGGCACCUGGGCCGCCACUCUGAGUGCCCGGGAGAGACUUCGAAGCUUCCACAGGACACACUUUCUACGUGAGCUUCAGGGCUGCGCUGCCCACCCUCUGCGCAUUGGGGCCUGCUUCCUUCGCCAUGGGGACCAGUUCAGCCUCUAUGCUCAGUAUGUGAAGCACCGACACAAACUGGAAAAUGGUCUGGCUACACUCAACCCCCCAGCCAAGGGCUCCAUGGAGAGUGGCCCUUACCUGCCCCGGGCCCUGCAGCAGCCCUUGGAGCAACUGGCUCGGUAUGGGCGGCUCUUGGAGGAGCUCCUGAGGGAAGCUGGGUCUGAGCCAAGUUCUGAGCGCCAGGCCCUUGGGGCUGCUCUGCAGUUGCUCAGAGAACAAGAGUCCCGAGGCAGAGACCUACUAGCUGUAGAGGCAGUGCGAGGCUGUGAGAUAGAUCUGAAGGAGCAAGGACAGCUCUUGCAUCGGGAUCCCUUCACUGUCAUCUGUGGCCGGAAGAAGUGUCUUCGCCAUGUCUUUCUUUUUGAGCACCUCCUUCUGUUCAGCAAGCUCAAGGGCUCUGAAGGGGGUUCUGAGACUUUUGUUUACAAGCAGGCUUUUAAGACUGCUGACAUGGGGCUUACAGAAAACAUUGGGGACAGUGGACUCUGCUUUGAACUGUGGUUUCGGCGGCGGCGUGCACGAGAGGCAUACACUCUGCAGGCAACUUCACCAGAGAUCAAACUGAAGUGGACGAGUUCUAUUGCCCAGCUGCUAUGGAGACAGGCAGCCCACAACAAGGAACUCCGAGUACAGCAAAUGGUCUCUAUGGGUAUUGGAAAUAAACCCUUCUUGGACAUCAAAGCCCUUGGGGAACGGACCCUGAGUGCCCUGCUCACUGGAAGAGCCGCCCGCACCCGGGCCUCCGUGGCCGUGUCAUCCUUUGAGCAUGCCGGCCCUUCCCUUCCCGGCCUCUCGCCGGGAGCCUGCUCCCUGCCUGCCCGCGUCGAGGAGGAGGCCUGGGAUCUGGACGUCAAGCAAAUUUCCCUGGCCCCAGAAACACUUGACUCUUCUGGAGAUGUGUCCCCAGGACCAAGACACAGCCCCAGCCUGCAACCCCCCCACCCUGGGAGCAGCACUCCCACCCUGGCCAGUGGAGGGAUCUUAGGGCUAUCCCGGCAGAGUCAUGCCCGAGCCCUGAGUGACCCCACCACACCUCUGUGACCUAGAGAAGAUCCAGAACUUGGCUGCAGCCCCUCCUCUCCACGUGUUUUGGGCUGGGAUGUCAGUGGGACAUAACAAAGGACUAGAAGAGCACCAAAUUCCUUCCCUCUGCUCCCUGAACAGAAAGGGGAUUCAAGGACCAGAACAUCCCCCUGCUACUGCUAUCUCUAGCUCUCCCCUGCUUGGUGCCUUAUCCUGCAGGAACCAGAAUGGCCAUAUCUGCUUCCCUUCAUAGCCUGGAAAAGGGAAAUUAUCCCUUUUCUAAUUUUCCCUCAUCCUUGGCCACUACGCAACCCCAGGACACCUCUCUGACAGCCUGUUUCUCCUCAUCCCCUGAUUCUCCCAGAGAAGACUCAUCUCUGCCAGGUCAACUGGUACCUGGUAACUCCAUCCUGGGAUAUCACAGGAAAUGGAGCUAUGAAAACCAUUACUACAGAGUGGGGCCGGAACUGCAGACUUUUUAUGUGUAAUUAUUGUUAUUAUAAUACUAUUAUUAUAUUAAAUGUAUUUACUCACACUUUGCCUCCCAGGAGCCAGAACAAUCCUCUGGAUUAAGGUAUUGCAACUAACUUGAGCACCUCCCUAAACCAACCAUUAACUAGAAUACAGAAAAUAAAACCAAGGCUGAAGUACCCUUUAUCCUUUACUGUCCAAAAACUAUGCAAGAGCCUGGGAAAAUGUGCUUCCUCCAUAGUGGCUUCCAGAAGAUCAAUGAAUUUUUGGAGGUUCCUUCUCCCACAUCUUGAGGCUAACUAAGCUAGUCACAGACAAACUGGGGUCUAGCACAGCCCAACAGUUUUCCAAAGAGGUCUUCAAGCCACAGUGCAUGAGAACCCCCUAGCCUAUUUCUUAAAUGCUACCUUUUGGGCACCACCCAGAGAUACUAAAUCUGAAGACUGGGUUAAGGCCCAAGAUUCUACAUUUCUUGUCUAGCUCUCUGAAUGAUAAUUUAAUGCCUGAAGAGGUUAACUAUUUCUAAAGCAGAAGAGCCCAAGGAAAGAAACAGGACAUAGGCAGACAGGACACAGGGCCUUGUGCCUCAAGACACCUGUUUAUUGGGGACACGACUCUGCAACAGGGAUGACAGGAAUCGUACCAAAAAUAGCAAUGUCUACAGGGCCCCUGAUGGGGCUAGAAGGGUACAGUGCCCCCCCCACCCCCACCCCUUGUACAAAAAUAAACUCUCACGCCUAUGGACCAGCAAA